UUAAAACCCCUAAAACCCUUUCUUUUCGUGUCUGUUCCUUCCUUGGAUGGGAGGACUCAACACUGAUUGAUCUCAGAAAUGGCGAUCGCUCGUCUUCUUCUUCCCAAACCAGCUCUCCAUUUCAGCAGUAGAGGGUUCGUCUUAUCGACAAGGAGGUGGAGUUCUUCUCCUUCCUCUCCGAGCGAUGGCCGGAAUGAUGUGCUGAAGUCUGAGUCUUCCGCGAACAAAGAUUCUGCCCAGAAGAAUGCAUCAUGGUACUCUUUGGGAGGUAUACUAACUAAUUUAAAACAAAAGAUAGUUGGAAACUCAUACGUUGCGGAAAAGACUUCUGGUCUGGAAUCCGGUUCAACGAUUUCUGCAAACUCGGCUGAGGUUUCUACAAAAGAAUGUUCUUCGGGAGAUACAUCGGGUGUCACUACUUCUGAGGAGGUCAGCUCGCUGAAGAAUUCUGAACAAACAAAGUGUGAAGAUUCUCUGACCAAGACAGAAUCGUCAGUGUCUGAAACAGCAUCUCAGAGUGUUACCCAAUGUGUUUCAGGAAUUGAGACUUCCCAUGAGACAGAAAAAGCCAUUCCUUUGAAGGCCGAACAAUUGGACAGUUGUUCAGACAGCUCCGACUUGACAAACACGAAGGUUUCGGAAUUAGAGUCAGUUGAAAAACUUGACCUUCUGGAGGAGCGGAGGUGUGAGAAUGAAACAUCUGAAACUGGGCAAACCCAUCAAGAAAAACUACCUUGGGCUAAAAUCAUUGAGGCUUGGGGAAACUCGAAGCCAGUUCAUAAGGCUAAGUCAUCUGUUAUGUUUGAGGCUAUGGAUGAUAGUUCCAGGACAUUUACCGGCAAAGGGAAAAGCCAUGGUAGUUUGUCUGGUGAUCAAGACAAUCGAUUUGGUAAGAUGAUAUGUGAUUCUCUCAAUCCAGAAAGUAGCUCCAAGGCAAAUGAUACGCCGGAGCAGUCAGGUAGUCUUCAAAAGGCCAAACAAUUGGACUGCUUGCUUAAGGGGAAAAAUCAUGAUCAGAUGACCGGAGACCUGGCAAUUAGCGAGAGUAAAAGUACCAAUUUAUCAGAAAGUUCUGGAAACACAAAUAUGACUGUACCCGGGAGUGGGAGUGGAAACGAAAAUAUCAUGAGCAUUAACCUUGUAUUAGAUUGCAUCAAGCGUUUUCCAUUUGACAAUGACAUGGGUACUGAGAAAGAUAAAUCUGUAUCCAAAGAUGAUUCCGUAAGCAAAGAGAGUACAAAUUCCCAAGGAAGAAAGGAGGAAGAAACCAGAGCAGCACCUCCCAGUCAGGCCACUUUGGCUUAUUCCCCGAAUACAAAGGAAACAGAACAGAGUUCAUAUGCAUUUUCUUCCGGAGAAUUCGCCCACAAAACUGUACUGGUCAGGUUUUUGACUCCAGAAAGUUGCAAGAAACAUAUCCACACUGCCUUCAAUUCUUGCGGGCACAUCUCUGGCGUGAAAGAAGUUGCUUCUGUUGAAGGGUGCAUUUACAGGGAUGCUUUUGUGACAUUUGAGACAAAAGAAGCAGCUCAAAUGGCUCUAAAGAAAACUGAUGUCUUGGUAAAUAAUCGCAAUGUACUUGUGGAGGCAACUUCGCAGGAAGAUGCAGCAGAAGAAGGCAGGAUGCAGAUUCCAGAUGUGAUUGGUGAUCCUGAUGUCCCUAUUGCAUUAGUGAAGGAACCGACCCGGACAGUGAAGAUUCAAUCCCUGACACAUGAUAUAAGUUCAAAUCAGAUUAAAGAAGCACUUGGGUUCUGUGGAUGCAACAUUUCUAGGUUUUUCUUGGGCUCCUCGAGCGCAACUGCUUUCGUCGAGUUUGAGUCAGAGGAUGGCAAAGAAAGGGCAAUAGCAGAGCACUCGAUAAGCGUAGCAGGGAAGAAGCUGACUAUCUUUAGGAUCGAUGUCCCGAGGACAACCGUGCUUAGGUUUACAAACCCAUGCAGGUCCGACUUGAAGGCGACAUGCACGCGUUACGGACAGAUCAACAAGUUCGCUGUGAGAAAACCCGAUGUGGUGGAUGUCUAUUUCAAGCUUUCUGAAUGGCCCAACAUGCUUCACAUUCUCAACAGCUUGAACGGGAAGGAAAUGGAGGGGAAGAAGAUGAAGGUAAGGCCUGCACCAGUUAUACCACCGGAUGUUCUGAGCAUACUGAUGAAGGAUCCCCAGGGGAAGAGAUAUGCCAAUGAGGUCAUUCAUGGUUUGGUGAGGAGUCUCCAACAUCCUUUGGAAGUAAUACCCAUUAGCACUCUUGUCCCAAAGAAUCUUUCAGUCACUUGAGAAAUUUUUUUUCUUUUUUUUUUUGCGACAAAGGUUUAUUUAUUUACUUUUUGGUAGACGCCCAUGUAUCAGAAUAGUGAACAAAUUAGUGCAGAAGGGUGCAUUUGGGUGGGCUUUAUUCGGGUCGGGUUUCGGUUAGAUUAUAUCAAGGUUUGGUUAUUUCGAUUUUGAUAAAAUAUAACCAUUCGGUUUU